UUCCAGUGCGCACUCUGGCAGUUUAGCAAAGCUUAAACAAUUUUUCAUAUUGUACAUUUUGCAAUUUUGUUAACCCAUCAAGAUGAAUCGCAUAGACACAACCAUGGACGACAUGGCAAACACAAAAUUUCUGACACUUUACAGUGGCCUAAUCAAACAAUUUACAACAACUAUGGAUUUUACAUAUAAUGAAGUCGUUUGUCUGCUCAUCGUUUACUACAAGUUUGUACAAAUUAAUGGACCCUCCGCUAAGCAAAUGAAAAAGAAGCAACUACAUAGCAUAUUUUUGGUGCUAUUUCGCAUUCACGAUGUUACAAUAAUAGAGCGCAUAUUGUUAAAUAUAACAGCCGAUGUAAUAUAUGUAAGCCCCGAAGCUUGGAUGCAAAUGUUUUCGGUGUUCCUAAGCAAAAACCUCGAGGAGCGCAUGAAGUUUGCCUUUCAGGUAUAUACAAGCUCCACACAAGGCGUGCUGAAUCGCGAAACUGUUGGCAUGGCCAUAGCCAAGUUUUUUGUAGAUGACGAUGAUGAUGAAAUUUUGGAAUUGCGUGCCGACAUGUGCGAGUUUAUAUUUAACAAAUUUGAUGUUGAUAAAGAUGGCAUUAUCUCUUAUGAGGAAUACUCUGAGAUUGUGACUCAACAGCCAGAUUUGCUGCAAUUUUUGGGUCAAGUGUUUCCCGAUGCUUCCGACAAAACUGUCAUUGCCUACUGUGCCAACAUAGCUUCACUUUUUCCCGAAGACUAAGCUCAACAAUUUACAUGUAAUUUAUGCAAUUAGAAUAUAUAGUGAAUUUCCAAAUAUAAAUUCUC